GCGCUGUUGUCCUUGCUUACUGAGCUCUCGUGGUGCCUAGUUCCGAUAUGUCUCCAAAUAUAGGAAAUUACUGAGCGAAAAAAAAAAAAAAAGUCAUUGAAUGCCAUCCCUCUAAUCCAGGAUUCUGUCAUGGUCUCAGACAAUUCAUACACACACUUCGUUAUACUGUGGAGUGAAGUGGUGACUCAGCUCCCAGCAGGAGUUGUGUGCUGGUGCUCCGAGACUCUUGAGUCUCCGUAUCUUCAGCAGCAGCUGGUGAAACAGUUCAGUCACAAAAACAUCAGCUGUGGCUGCAAGAACUGCGGACGGUCCUUCUGCUCGGGCUGCCGGAGCUUCAGUGCUGUUGUUCCCCGCUGUGGAAACACUCAGCAGAAAGUCUGCAAGGAGUGCCAUGAUAAACUAACUGGAGAAGGAUCUCAAAGCAGUUCAGCAAAAUGGUCACCACCAGAAAACUACAAAAAGCGUGUAGCAGCUUUUGAGGCUAAACAAAACCAGCUGAAAGACCAGCGGAAGGCAGCUGCAAAACCACCAGGUCAAGCAGGCUACAGAUACCAGGGGCUCUCAAAAGAGGAUAGAGCUAUUGCAGAGAGACUGGAGAGGCUCAGGGAGGAAAGGAAACCAAAGUCCAUCCCUACUCAGGCUGAGAUUGAAGCCAGGCUGGCAGCCCUGAAGGAGGAUGGCCGUGGACCUGUUCCAUCCACGCAGGAAAUGGAGGACCGGUUGGCUGUCCUGCAGGGGAGAGAUCCUCCUUCCCAAGCUCCCAGACCUGUACACCAACCUCCCGAUACUCGAAGUCUGGUCCAGAAGACAGAUGACCUGUUAACUCAACUGUCUGAGGAGGUUGCCAUUGAUGAGCAUUACAGACCAAGAGUUCAGCCUCCAGCUGUUAGUAGCCAAAGUUUGAAUGAUCUCAAUCGGGAAAGUGAAGAUUGUGUUUGCCUUGCAAAUCUGGACCCAAAACAGGUAGAGGAAGAGAAGAAUAAACUUCUGGCAGAAGCUGCUGCUGAGCUGCAGGAAGAGAACACUAGGCAGGAAAAGAUCCUACAGGUUGCCAAGAGACUGGCAGCACUCAAAGGCGAGGACCCAGAGAAAGUUACACUGGAAACGUAUAAGCUCCCUGACAGUGAUGAGGAAGUGGCUGAGGAGGAGGCCAUUCGCAGAGUGCUGAAACAGCUCACAGAGGAAGCAGCCCUGGAUGAAGCAAGUGGAUUCAACAUUCCCGCAGAUCAGACCACCCAACCAGGACCCUCACAACAAAACCUGUGUAAGAAAGCAAAGCAAAAGAGCCACACUCCAGCCACCUCAGCUCUUGCAAGGGCAGAUGAUAGUGAUGAGGAUGAGUUACCCUGGUGCUGCAUCUGCAACGAAGAUGCCACUUUGCGCUGCCACGGCUGUGAUGGGGACCUCUACUGCCAGCGCUGUUUCUGGGAAGGCCAUGAGGAGUUUGACCUGAAGGACCACCAAACCUCACGCUAUCAUCUUCCUUGCAAACAGAAGUGAUCACACUCUUCAUGGAGAGAAAAGGAGCUGGAGAAUGGGAAAACAGAGGAGCCGGCCAGAUGGAAGAAUCCAAGUGGAUUUGCAGCCAAAACGGGUGAUGUUUUGGACAGUUAAAGGAUGAGCUGUAAUCUGAGAGAGGCUUGGAGGGCAUGUGACUUUGUUCUCACAAAUACACCUGGGAAGUGCAGGGUUUGCUGUGCAUGCUUGGGGAUAAAUGAGACUUUGAUGUGAGGAGGUGGAUACAAGUCCAUAAAUACAGAUGGUGAAGCAAUGUGGGUAGCAGUAAAGUUUUGUGUUUAAGGCAGUACUGACUGCCUGAUAAAUAACUUCCUGCUUUUACUAACAGGGUUAUGCACUGGUUCAACAGGCAGCAAAGCACUUUGCACUGAGAAAAAUGUCUGCAUUGUGAUCACUUGUGUGAUGAGAACUUCAAAACAUAAUAAAAGUUAUUUACAG